AUGGAGUCCGGCGGCGCAUCCCCAAUGCCCUCUUCGGCCGCCACGCCCCGAACCUCGACCCCAUCGACCCUCGGCCCGAACGCAGAGUCACAACGGACCAAGAUAUGCGUAUACUGCGGCUCGUCGUCCGGCAAGGGCACCAAGCAUAUACAAGCAGCACGAGAUCUGGGAAAGCUGAUGGCUGAGAAAAACAUCGCACUAGUCUACGGGGGUGGCACAGUCGGCCUCAUGGGCGAGGUAGCAAAGACGAUAGUAUCGAUAUCAGGGCCGGACUCCGUACACGGCAUCAUCCCCGAGGCACUGGUCAAGUGGGAGCGCAAUGACACGUACGGCGCCACCAGGGACGCGAACGGGUACCACGUGCCAGAGGCGAGCAUAUACGGCCGGACCACGGUGGUGAAGGACAUGCACACGCGCAAGCAGAUGAUGGCGCAGGAGGUGCUCAAGGGUGGGCCCGGGUCCGGCUUCAUCGCGCUGAGCGGCGGCUACGGCACCAUGGAGGAGCUGCUUGAGACGGCGACGUGGAACCAGCUCGGCAUCCACAACAAGGGCGUCUGCGUGCUGAACGUCGACGGCUUCUACGACGGCCUGCUGGACUGGAUCAAGAAGUCGGUCGAUGAGGACUUUGUCAGGGGUGCCAACGCCAAUAUCCUGGUGACGGCCACCGAUGCCGAGGGCGCUAUACGGGCACUGCGCGAGUACAAGGUCUCGGAUGCGCGGUACGGGCUGAACUGGGAUAACCAAUGA